AACGACAAAGGAAUAACUAACGUUUUCUACACGCAUUCAUUGUUUUCUAUAAUGGGCAUGUUUUGCGCGAAGUAUUGCAUUUUGGUUUUCGGGGAUGAUUUCUAUUAAUGCCCCGUAAAGCCUUAAAGACAGAGAAGCCUCCCCUGCUGUUCUUGGAGCAGCCUGUGUGUGGAGCCAGACUCCAAAAUGUGCCUGAAGUCCGAUCAGCACUCAACCCAAAAGAGUUUUUCACAGAGACACAGAACAGCUCAGCUCUUAAUUAUUGGGUACGACCAGAAUUCGACCCUGCAGCUGCUCUGCCGGUGCGACGAGGGAGAAGAAAAUGUCCCCCUGCCACAAGCAUCCUUGACGGUUGCAGUCAGUUGUCCAGAAAGAAGAGCGUGUGCACAUUCCCCUCAUUAUCGUUUCAGACAAGGUCAAGAGACCAACCUCAUCAACCGAAGAGCACACACGCAAAGAAAUCUACGGAGUCCACUGUCGUGUCUGACGCAGGAAAUCGGCCACGGGGAUCAUGCCGAAUCAUGAGGGCGGUUUCAAGUGCACAGCACUCUGACACGCCAAAGAAACAGACGGCCUCAAUCAGAAAAGGGAAUGUGGAGAGAUUUCCUAAUGGCGCUGCAUCCUCGAGCAGAUGUUCGGAGCAGCCUAAAACUCCAUCUAUUCGAGUGAAGGGGAAAUGCAGAAUUUCAGCAGAUAGGGUGUCAACGCCUGCCUCCAAUGAGUUCAGCACCACUGAGGUCAGCAGUGUCAGUCCACCACCUGAUGUGGACACUCCAAAACUAACUCAAGGAGGGAUUAGAUGUCCCCCCUUCACCUCUCGACAAUUGCUACCGCCUCAGCCAUGUACACCACCAUGUAAUCAGCCACCGGACAUAUUAGUGCCUGACACGCCAGAGCAGGAUUACGGGGUGAAGGUGACAUGGAGGAGGAGGAGGGGUUUUAUGAUGUUGUUAAAAGAGAGGGGCCAUCUUUCUGAUUCAGAUGUUUUAAUUAACAGCUGAUGUUGAGAUUGUGUAAGAAGAUGAUGAGGCAAUGUCAGCAGAGAAUGUCCCUGAUUAUUUAUCUGAACACUUCUGUGACCGGAACAUUUUUUAUUUUAUUGCACUAAAGGGAGCUGCUGCAGUUUAAAGUCAUCACAUUUCUGUUCAUGGACUGUUCACUUUGAUUUAACGUCAAUAUGACAAGCCAAGGACAUUAGGAAAUAACUCACCAUCACACACCUCCCACACACCAAAAUCAAGUGAUGGACCAAUUAACAUUGCAAUAAUUACAGCAGUAUCCAAAUUCCAAGCUUUUUUCAUCAAUGAGAAAUGAUCUAGCCUCAUAAUUAUAAUGUACUGUUAUAGAAUAUUUAGCAAAUUAGAGGCGGUCCUUGUAUUUGUAUUCUGUAUAAUCCUGACUUUCAGCAAAACCAGCUUUUUUGUUUGUUAUUCUUACACUCACUUUAAGUGUGGGAAAAGGUAAUGUUUAUAUGGACUAUAUUGUGCAGACUCACUCAUUUAGUCAAUGUCAUGAAAGCUUGAGUCACUGGUGUAAUAAAACAAAGGGUGAUGCUGAAAGAACAUUUGAA